AUGAUUAAUGCAAAUGGCGGUGGCGUGGUUUGGUGCUUCAAAAACGACAAAUGGAUACCACUCCAACUCUCAUCUAUAAGACUUCAUGGAGUCCUAACGCAAGCCCAUUGGACGGCAAUCUCCGAUUUCCUGAACAGAGUAGCCAAUAAACAGCUAAUAUUACAAGACAAUGGAUUUGCAGAGCUCACCGAAAAGCAUAAAGAGUUGCUCUUGCAGCAGAACGUUGAUGUAGAUUUAAUAAGCAAAGAUGUGAUAAACAAAGUGACUGAUAAUAUAAAUAAAUGUGCGGUGGAGAGGAAGGUUAGUUUAGGGCAGAUUCCCGAGGAUAAAGUCGUGGAGCAAGCUAGAAGGCCGUCCAUGCCAGAGCUUAGGAGUGUAGAUAAAAAUAAUUUAUUUAGUAAUUUAUUAACUAGAGGACAGAAGACUGAACGUACUAGUGUCAAUGAUGAAAUUGUGCUCAGAUUGUUAAAAAAGUAUUGCAAGUAUAGCAAAGAUAAGUUAGAUGAUGAGAUUGUUAAUGCAGUAGAGAAAAUACCCGAUGAGGUCCCUCCGAGGACGAGAAAGUUAAGCUAUGUACCUUUUCAAGAUUCACGAAGGUUUUCUUGUCCAAAGGAAGAGAAAUUGUAUGAAAACUGUAACGAAUUCUCCUCUCUAGACACAAUAGAAGAUCGCAAUGACCACGUUAUAAGAUGGUUAAAACAACAAAAUGAAAACAUAUUCAUAUCUUCCCCACCACCAAUACGAAGACACUCCACCACCGAGAUAUCUUCACCUACAGAUAGCAGAAAAUCAAGUAGAAAAUCCUCAUCCUCUGGCUUCGCCAGUAGAAAAUCCAGCAUAUCAACUCCAGAAUCUCGUAAAUCCUCAAUAACAUCAUCUCCAGAGUCCGGAAAAUCCUCAUGGCACAGCAGAAAAAGUUCACUGGGAAGCAACAGCAGCUGUUCUGAAGAUUGCGAGGAUGUUUCUCAACUUCAAGACGGUUCUCUGCAGUGGAUGAAGCAGCUGAAAAAAAGUUUAAACUCGAAGAAUACUGAAAGGAGGUUGCUGAAGCAACGAGAAGCCUGGUCAAGAAAUAGAAGGAAGCUAAGUUCGGCUUCCGAUACCAAUAAUGGGGAGGUGUUGUAUCAACCAUGGUAUUUUCGAAAAAUAAAACGUAUCGAAGCCGAAAAAAAAUUGUUACUGCCAGAAAAUCAACAUGGCGCUUUUCUUAUAAGAGAUUCAGAAAGUAGACACAACGAUUAUUCAUUAUCAGUUCGAGACGGUGACACAGUAAAACACUACAGGAUUCGCCAGCUGGACGAGGGCGGCUUCUUCAUCGCCCGCAGGACGACUUUCAGGACCCUGCAGGACCUCGUCAGUCAUUACAGUAACGACGCGGACGGUUUGUGCGUUAAUUUAUGCACACCUUGCGUACAGGUGGAGAAACCUCAACCUGAAGGAUUAUCCCAUCGCACGAGAGAUCAAUGGGAAAUCGAACGUGCAUCGCUUAAAUUUGUUCGAAAACUUGGACACGGCCAAUUUGGAGAGGUGUGGGAAGGUAUGUGGAACAACACGACCCCAGUGGCCAUUAAAACUCUUAAACCGGGUACAAUGGACCCUAAGGAUUUCUUGGCUGAAGCUCAAAUAAUGAAAAAGUUAAGGCAUCAGAAGUUGAUACAGUUGUAUGCUGUUUGUACGGUGGAAGAGCCCAUUUAUAUUAUUACUGAGUUGAUGAGGAAUGGGUCCUUGUUGGAGCAUUUACAGGGCAAAGGAAAGAGCCUUAAACUCAACGACCUCAUCGACAUGGCGGCGCAAAUCGCCGCGGGCAUGGCCUACCUCGAGUCCCAAAACUACAUCCAUCGCGAUCUCGCAGCGCGUAACGUCCUGGUAGGCGAAGGAAAAGUUGUAAAAAUCGCCGAUUUCGGCCUGGCCAGGUUGAUCAAAGAAGACGAGUACGAAGCGAGGGUGGGCGCUCGGUUCCCGAUCAAAUGGACGGCGCCCGAAGCGGCCAACUACAGCAAAUUCACGAUCAAGUCCGACGUGUGGUCGUUCGGUAUUUUGUUGACGGAGUUGGUGACGUACGGAAGGAUACCUUAUCCAGGCAUGACGAACGCAGAAGUUUUACACCAGGUCGAUCACGGCUACCGCAUGCCGCAACCUCCGAACUGCCCGCAAGCCCUCUACGACAUCAUGUUGGAGUGCUGGAACCGCGACCUAAUGAAACGCCCGACCUUCGAAACCCUGCAGUGGAAACUCGAAGAUUUCUUCACAAUAGAGGGAAGCGAGUAUCGGGAGGCGUCGGCCUACUGA